GCUUAAAAAUACUUUUACAUCAUGUUAAAAUAUUAUUUCACCCAAACCAAAACAAAAAAUCGCCUAAAAUGAGUUAUCAAACACCACUAUAGUGUCGUGAAGAAACAGCAAAAGAGAAAACGUGUGAAGGCGUGAUGAACCGUGCCCAUACGUGAAGAUUUAGGGCUUAGGGCAGACGAAGGAGCCAUCGAGGAACCAAUCGCGGUUGAGACGAAAACCGUUGAGAAUCUAUUCAGAUCUCUCAGUCCCAGCGUCUGUCAUCAUCAAUGCCAAGAUACCGUGGUGUGCGGCGUGUGAAGUUCUGAAGCCCCUCCUCCAUCAGAAAAUGAAGAAAGUGAUAUUGAAGGUGUUGUUGACUGAUGACAGAUCGAAGCAAAAGGCCAUGAAGUCAGUCUCUGGUCUUAAAGGGGUGGAAUCGAUCUCCAUGGACAUGAAGGAACAGAAAAUGACCGUGAUCGGGGAUAUCGAUCCGGUUGAUGUAGUCAACAAGUUGAGGAAGAUCAGCUCCACGGAAAUAUUAUCUGUUGAAACAGCAAAAGAGGUGAAGAACUAUGAGCGUAAGAAAGAAGAGCCUAAGAAAGAAGAAAAAAAAUGUGAAAUGGCACCACCUAUGGUGCAUUAUCAAGCUUAUAGCACUUUCCAGCGGUUCCAGCCCAAGGAUGAUGACGUGGCUAAGCUCGAGAAUGCCUACCAGGCCUAUAAUCCUUACAAUAAAAGAAAAAAUAAUUGAAAUCUUUUUUUUUUUACUGUUCUUCAAGAAGAGAAACAUAUGUACAUGCAUAUUAAUGUUUUAUGUUGUUUGGAAUGGUUUGUUUUGAAGGA